AUGCCAAAAACAAAACCGACGCCAUCAGGUAGCAGUGAAGGAGACUCGGCUGGAGCAGGACGGAACCAGGAUGCUGCUCCCGCACAGGGAGCCGAGAGCUCCAUUGAACCCAGAGACAACGAUGUUUUAUUUGGAAGAGGAGAUACAAUCAAUAGGCAUCCGGGCAAUAAAAAGUUUCGAGAGCUUGUAGAUUCCCACAAACGUGUCUAUCUUGCAUCCCGAUUCAAGCAAGAGAAAAGGAUGAUUGCGGAUGGUAUUGUGGCGGCAAUCGCAGAGCUUGACCCUCCCGGCCGUUUCCUGGCCAAGAACGCAUCCACUGGAUUGUGGAACGCUGUUGAUCAUGGAAGAGCCCGUGAAAAGACUUUGCAAGCUCUGAGAGAGAAGGCAAGGUCAGCGAGGGACCAGAUGGAGGACAGAGACAAUCUCGCGUUGCUCCAGAGAUCAUCCGAGAACAGCCAUGAUCAAAGCAACCGAGAACAACCACCACCUGCCCAACGCCAACAGUCAUCAUCCUUGAUAAGUUCGUUGAGUGACAGUCAAAUAGCCCACUCUGGUGCUGCAGCUGCAGAGGCUCAAGCCAGCCAUCAGAAUACGAAGAGGGCAGCACACCCACCUGCUGGAGUCCAGCCACAUGCAAUCUCUGGUUCUACGAUGCCUGUUGCGGCCCGCGAGCUCCCUCUCGUAGCCCCACUUGCUCCCCCGCCAAGUCUCCCCGGUGGCCUUGUGACAAGAGCAAGUAUAGGAGAGCUCUCCAGACAAAGGCAAGAAACGUCGAUGUUGGCUCCUUCCUCCCAGCAGCACGCCCAUUGGCAGCCACAACUUCACGCCGAUCAGAAUUCCUCGGGAUUGGCAUCGACGUCUCCUCUUCAGGUGAAUCAAACUUCCAUAGAUUGGCAACAAGCACUUCUUGCUCAUCAGGUUCCUGAUACUGGCACUGCCACCACGGCAUCCCAAGCCCAGCAAACUCAGUCAACGAAGAAUGCAAACGCAUUUAUUGACGAAGCCCAGCUUUCGCAACAGAUACAGACAAGUGAACCACCAACUCAGAGCCAACCAGAGCAGCUUGCUCCCCGAUUUCCAACCACCUCUUCUGCAGUUCAGACGCAAGUUGCCCAACCAUAUGACCAGACAAGCCCAAGCACAGGCCAAGAAGCGCAGUAUCAACCAUAUCUGGCUGACGGGACCCUGUCGACAAUAUCUGAUGGGCUUUUGACGCCUCGGCAAGCCAUCCAACCAAGCCAUCUCGGCUCUUCACCGAUGUCUGCUGGUACCUUUGAAGCGCUGCAAAUGAUCGCAUUUCCAGUGAGCCCAGGCGUCAUGCAACAGUCGUUUUCCCCACGCCGGUUGCCUCCUGCCAAUUCCCCUCAUCUGCAAAGACAACAGAAUAUGGGAAGUCAUUCGCUUGCCUCCAGCUUCGAUCAAACUACUACAGGGACUUCGCUGGCUCAGAUGGAUAGUCCACUGAGAAGUGAAACAUGGCCACGGCGCCGGCAGCAGCGAAGAUUGGAACCGAGACCAACGCAAGCGUCAGCGCCCUCGCAGGAGCCAAUGCAAGCAUUCUUGCAUGCCUAUCAACAGGAAGCCUUGCAGCACCAGAUUCUGCCACAACCGCAAAUCCGGCCUUUCCCUAGGCAGCAAUACCUGUCCGAACUGGAAGCAAGCCUUCAGCAUGCACAGGCUGGUCGUCGGCAACACCAGGACUCAAUUGUCUCGGAGCGUAACCACGAUGCGGGGGGCGAAUCCAAAGAAGAUGCGCUUAGAAAUUGGCAAAUGGAUGCCGCCGCAAGUUUGGAAGGCAUUGUAGCAACACCUGGCAUGAUCCGCUUGUUACAGGGUGCCGAAACGAACUUGGCAACUUCAGCAGGUGCUCGACGACCAAUUCGCUUGCCUCGUCCAAACCUUACCCCUAGAGUUCGCCGUCGGUCCAACGACACCAAUGGAGAUGAAGGCAGUGAAGAAGGCCAAUAUGGCCAAUAUGCUCGUGAAGCCUGA